CCACGCUGCAAAAGACAAUCAGGCCAUGAGUCACGAAAAGAAAAAAGGCAUUUAUGAAAACUGAAUAUCAGAAGAUAUGCUUAUUUCCAGCAAAUCAGCUGAAUGUUUCCCAAAUUUAUUAGGCGUGCAUGGGCCUUCUAGAAUAUAAUAAGAGCAAUAAGUGAGGAUUAAUACGCAGGAAAGGAGGUCAUUCUGAUGGCACAUCCUGUUCUUCUCCUAGUGCUCCUCCUCUCUUCCACUGCCAUUUCUUCCUCCAAGAGAAUUCAACCAAAGUUCUCGGCUAUCUUCUACUUUGGCGACUCCGUUCUCGAUACUGGCAACAACAAUCAUAUCCCCACACUGGCUGUGGCAAACCAUGUUCCUUACGGAAGAGACUUCCCAGGAAAGAAGCCGACAGGGAGGUUCUCUAAUGGCCGGCUUGUUCCAGACCUCCUCAACGAGAAGCUGCAACUCAAAGAAUUCUCUCCACCGUUUUUGGAUACAAAGCUGUCAAACAAUGACAUCAUGACAGGGGUGAACUUUGCAUCGGCUGGUUCAGGGUUUGACGACCAGACGUCCCAGCUGUCCAAUACUCUGCCAAUGUCGACGCAGGUGGACCUCUUCAAGGACUACCUCCUCCGGCUCAGGGACAUUGUAGGACAUGAGGAGGCUUCCAGGAUCAUUGCCAACUCUCUAAUAUUUAUCAGCUCAGGAACCAAUGAUUUCUCACAUUACUAUCGUUCAUCGAAGAGGAGGAAGAUGGACAUUAGUGACUACCAAGACACUAUCCUCCAGAGAGCACAAGCUUAUGUCAAGGAACUAUUUGAUCUUGGGGGCCGACGUUUCUGCUUGGCAGGCCUUCCACCGUUCGGUUGCACACCUAUCCAAAUCACAUUGAGCAGAGACCCUGAGAGGGCAUGUGUGGAUGAGCAAAACAGAGAUGCUCAGGUCUACAACUCUAAACUUCAAAAGUUACUUCCAACAUUGCAAGGUUCACUGCAUGGAAGCAAAAUUGUGUACUUGGAUGCAUACAAAGCUCUCAUGGAGAUCCUUGAUGACCCAGCCAAAUAUGGAUUUACAGAGACAACACGAGGAUGUUGUGGGACUGGGCUCAGAGAGGUCGCUCUACUUUGCAAUGCAUUGACUCCUAUGUGCAAAAAUGUGUCAUCUUAUGUAUUUUAUGAUGCAGUGCACCCAACAGAGAGGGUUUAUAGGUUAGUAAAUGAUUACAUAGUUAAAGAUGUUAUCCCACAGUUUUAAUGAAUCAAAUGCCCCAAUAAGGUUUUCUUUCUCGUA